GUGAUUUCGCAAUACUCUGGCAUGCCGGAACCCCACAGUGAAGUGCAUUGCGCAAAACAUCAUUUUUCGUUGCUCGAGUGCGCACUGAAGUGAAGCGUUAUGUCUCAGAGUAGAGACUACAGAGACAAUUCUCGGCCUGACGACGUGUCUUCUAACAGAGACGACCAGCAGAGCGAUGGUGGUCCUCCUGGCAUGGACCCUGACGGUAUGAUUGAGUCGAAUUGGGACGAAGUGGUGGAGAGUUUUGACGACAUGUCAUUGAAAGAGAAUCUACUGCGAGGGAUAUACGCGUACGGGUUUGAGAAGCCAUCCGCUAUCCAACAACGUGCCAUCGUACCAUGCUGUAAAGGUUACGAUUUGAUUGCUCAAGCACAGAGUGGAACCGGCAAGACGGCCACGUUUGCCAUUGGCAUUCUCCAGCAGCUGGACGUAUCUCAGAAGGACUGCCAGGCUCUCGUGUUGGCUCCGACUAGAGAAUUAGCUCAACAGAUACAGAAGGUGGUGAUUGCUCUUGGAGAUUACAUGAGUGCACAGUGCCAUGCUUGUAUUGGAGGCACGAGUGUUAAAGACGAUAUCAGGAAGUUAGAGAUGGGACAACAUGUGGUGGUGGGAACACCAGGGAGAGUGUAUGACAUGAUACAAAGGAGAGCGUUCAAUGUGAAGAACAUCAAGCUAUUUGUCUUGGAUGAAGCUGAUGAGAUGUUGUCUAGAGGAUUCAAAGAUCAGAUUUAUGAUGUUUUCAGAUUGCUUCCAGCAGAUGCUCAGGUUGUACUAUUGUCUGCGACAAUGCCAUCUGAUGUGUUGGAAGUGACUAAGAAAUUCAUGCGCGAUCCUAUUCGGAUCUUAGUGAAGAAAGAAGAGUUGACACUAGAAGGAAUCAAGCAAUUUUUUGUGCUCGUAGACAAGGAGGAUUGGAAAUUGGAUACACUGUGCGAUCUAUAUGAAACUUUAACCAUCACACAAGCAGUCAUUUUCCUCAACACCAGACGGAAAGUUGACUGGUUGACUGACAAGAUGUGUCAACGAGACUUCACGGUCUCGUCUUUGCACGGUGAUAUGGACCAGAAGGAACGUGAUGUGAUUAUGAGACAAUUUCGGUCCGGCUCUAGUCGUGUUCUCAUCACUACUGACUUGUUGGCUAGAGGCAUUGAUGUACAGCAAGUAUCACUUGUUAUCAACUACGACUUACCAACAAACAGAGAAAACUACAUUCAUAGAAUUGGUCGUGGUGGUCGUUUUGGUCGUAAGGGAGUUGCCAUCAACUUUGUGACUAGUGAUGACGUACGAGUUCUCCAAGACAUCGAGAAGUUUUACAACACACAGAUUGAAGAGAUGCCGAUGAAUGUGGCUGACCUUAUAUAACUGUAACUAGGUCACUGCAUUCUAUGUAUGGUGUGCCUUCCGGGACAAUUUACUUUAGGUCUUGCAGCUAUGAUAGUACACGAUGCUCCUUUGCUAUUGUCAUUGAAUGUACAAUUGUGUUUCAAGUGUCUCACUAUAGUA